UGGGUUCACCGUGCGCAGCCGCGCUCUCUCACGCACGCACGGACUUCCUCCGCCUCACAGGCAGGGAGCCGCUCUCCCCGCGCAGCUGUCGCUCUCAGCUUUGGUUCUUUGCAGGAGAGUCUGACAGGAUGGACGCUCUCUGACCGCACUCAGACCUCCGCACAUCUCCUCUGCGCGCAGCUCGGUUUCCAUUGGCAACAGCGGGCACACCUGUCGAGCCUCAGGCUUCAGUCAUGAGAAGAGGAAGAAGCUCUCAUCCACUGUCUGUUCUGGUCUGCUUCAUCGCUCUGUGGCACACACAGUCAAGAGUACAUUCAAAUUCAACUCAGAACUCCAAAGAUAUUGCAACAUUCACCAAGAUCCUGGAUAGUCUCCUGGAUGGGUAUGACAACAGACUCCGACCUGGUCUUGGAGACCGAGUGACAGAAGUAAAGACAAAUGUCUAUGUGACCAGUUUUGGACCAGUCUCUGACACAGAUAUGGAAUACACAGUGGAUGUCUUCUUCCGUCAGAGCUGGUUAGACGAACGACUGAAGUUCCACGGGCCAAUGAACACCCUUCCUCUCAACAACCUGAUGGCCAGUAAGAUUUGGACCCCUGACACCUUCUUUCAUAAUGGCAAGAAAUCUGUGGCCCACAACAUGACCAUGCCCAACAAGCUUCUGAGGAUCAUGGAGAAUGGAACGCUGCUCUAUACCAUGAGGUUAACAGUUCAGGCUGAGUGUCCCAUGCAUCUGGAGGACUUCCCCAUGGACUCACAUUCAUGUCCCCUCAAGUUUGGCAGCUAUGCCUACACGAAGACAGAGGUAACUUACAUCUGGACGAGAAAUGCCUCCCAGUCAGUAGAUGUGGCGGAUGAUGGAUCUAGACUCAACCAGUAUGACUUGGUGGGCCAGACUGUUGGGAAGGAGACCAUUAAAUCCAGUACUGGUGAAUACACAGUGAUGACCGCUCACUUCCACCUGAAGCGGAAGAUUGGAUACUUCGUAAUCCAGACGUAUCUGCCUUGUAUCAUGACGGUCAUCCUCUCUCAGGUCUCCUUCUGGCUCAACCGGGAAUCGGUGCCAGCUAGAACGGUGUUCGGCGUGACCACAGUUCUCACAAUGACAACCCUGAGUAUCAGUGCCCGUAACUCGCUGCCGAAGGUGGCCUACGCUACUGCAAUGGACUGGUUCAUCGCCGUCUGCUACGCCUUUGUCUUCUCUGCGCUCAUUGAGUUCGCCACAGUUAACUACUUCACCAAGCGAGGCUGGGCCUGGGAUGGAAAGAGUGUUGUCAACGACAAGAAAAAAGAAGCAGCUGUCAUGAAGAAAAACAACGCCUACGCUGUAGCUGUGGCAAACUACGCGCCCAACAUCACCAAAGAUUCAACGCUGCCCACGAUCUCAAAGCUCACCCUGAACGAGCCCAACAAGAUCACAGCGGAGAUGAAGCCUGAGCAGAACAAGAAAACCUUCAACAGCGUCAGCAAAAUCGACCGCAUUUCUCGCAUCAUGUUCCCUGUGUUGUUUGGUACCUUCAAUCUGGUCUACUGGGCCACCUACCUGAACAGAGAACCAGUCAUCAAAGACCUGGAUCCGUCCAAAUGAGCAGCAGAGACCCAGUACAACAACACACCCCACAUUCAGGACAAUAACAUUUAUUUAUACCUGUUUGGUGCGUUUUUUUUUUUUUUUUUGUUCAGGUUAUGGACAGCUCUCUUGUCUUAUUACUGGAUACAGUGUUUUAAUGGAAAUAGGUACACAUUUUUAGUUUAGAGCAAUCCGAAAUUUCCUCAAAUAUUUGCUUUAAAAUAUGAUACUAUGCUGAUACUAUAUAGAAUACAGCAUUAACCAGGAUAACUGAAAUGCUGCAGAGUAGUGUCAUGCAGUUCCCUUCAGGUUCAAAUGAGUGAUUUCUCUUUACAUUUAAUUGUUUUACAAAAGCUCUGAUAAAAAUCACUGUCCGCAGCCUGCUUGGAAUCAAUCAGCAGAAAGACGAGGCAGUCAUGUGUUUAAGGCCCCGUCCAUACGGGGAGGAGAUAAGUUUCAAAAUGCCGGUUUUGUUUUUCUGUGUGUACAUGCGCGCUACAUCUGUUCCUAAAUGAUUAUGUCGUAACUACGCCACUCUCUGUAACCUGCAUGCACCUCACUCUCGCAGAUACCAACAAUCUUGGCACCGUCACGCUGAGGCAAAUACCAUGCUCAUCUUUGUUUAGAUGGGGCCUUAGAUAUAUGGCGGUUUGAGUGGUUUAAAGGAGUAGGAACUCCCAGUAAAAAUACUACAAAAAUCACUGGAAAUAUCUUAUUAUUUUUAUUCAAAUACUGCCCCAACACAUCCAAUUGAGACAAUCAAAAAACAUGACCACUGGGUGAAUUGUUUAUACUAAAUUGCCACUUGGAGUGAGUGUGUCCCUGUGUGCCUGCUAGUUCUUUUUGUCUCCUCAGUACAGUAACAGAUAUAACAUUUAUUUUUCUCACUUAAGACCAAAUGUUUCACGUUUUAGAUUAGUUUGGUUUACCAGCACCGGUUCACAACAAAUCUCAUCCUGAGAUGCUUUACAAAAUAAACAGAUCCCACUAAUAUACAGAAAUACUUGGACAAUUACAUAUAUCAUAUAGACCGAUUUAAAGUUAAAUAGAUUAAUUUCAGUUUGAUCCUUGCAAAUAAACAAUAAGUCAA